AGCAAGCCGGUGUGACGUUUGUACAUGGCAUUCCAGCAUGGCGACUCUCUCUACUGCAGAGUUUACUGUACUCUCUUCUUGGGUAUUGGCUGGAUUCAAAUAGCUAGAAUGAAAUUAAUUUCAUGUUUAAACUGAUUUCCAUUGACACUGCUGGAUUCCUCUUUGAAAAUCUGACAUGAGGUUGCUUGAUGUUCGUGAUUUGGACCUUCAUGUGUUCAGUCGGUUUGGGUGAAAAAUCCAACAGGAGGUUGCUCGGGGUUUGUGUUAUGGUUUUGGAUUUGAAUCUCCAGGUGUAUGUUGGUGUUCAGCACAAUUCCUCUAGGAUACUUGGGCAAAGAAGAAUCUCCCUAAAAAAGUCCAUCAAGCAGCUCUUGCCAUCUGUCUGACAACCUUAACAAGGAUCAUCAACUUGCUGCAUAAGUUGGGGAUGUUGGAAAUUAAUAAGGAGAUAUGUCCCAUGGCAUAUGUCCCAAUUGCCCCUGUGGAAGAUAGUACUUCUGCUGAGCGAGGGAUAGUGCUGUUACAGAGCUGUGCGAGGUUUGUAUGCUGUUGCCGGUUAGCUGGGCCAUGGAGGAUAUUUACCAUGGAGAAAAUGAUCAGACUCGAAUUUCGGUGUUCUGACGUAUACGGUGCUGUGCCGUCGUUACUAGAAGAUGACGUCUACUGUCCUUGCGCUCAACAUUGUCAGGCAACGGGAUAGUCACGUCGAACUUUCCUGGUUUUUUCCAUUAGUUGCAACGAGUUUUGGUUUCUUAGGAUCUACUCCGAGGGUUCCGUCUGAGAUUACUCAUCAUAUUCGCUCGCCAAGCCGAUUGCAGGCUAAAUGUCUGCGGCGGCCGUGGGAAGGAAUCAACGUUCGUCAUCAAUUUGUCUUUCCGGCAGUCAGACAUUCGACGCGAUGAAGGCCAGUGUCGGUGGUAACAACCGGGAGAGUUCUUCCGGAUCGGAUUCGCCCGAAGUCCGUCGAGAAGUGAUUACCAGCAACUACGGCAGCAGCGGCGGCGGCAGACCGGUUCCUUCCGGGAGUAGCAAAACGCGGCAGAAUGCCCGGCGGAGUAAGAGCGAGCGGCUCCAAGGAGCCAACAAGCCGCGUGUGAAGCGACGGGAUUUGGCGCUGGAUCUGGACCGGGCCAACAGUGGCAGCUUAGCCGGCGGAUUGACUGGAAACAAGGAGCAAGAUGAUCCCUACCAAUCGUUUCUGCGUAAAGUUCCCAGCGUCGGCGCUGGAUUGAUGAACGACUCUUCGUUCAACGACACUCCGGAUGGAUCUCCUCGAGGCUUGCGAUCCCUUCGCCAGUCUGCCGGUAACUCUAAGCCGCCACUCGGAGUGAGUAGCAACGUGCCGGCCAUUUCCACGCCGGAUUUAUCGCCGUCUCUCAUUAGACGGGCCACAGUCAACUCUGCUGGUGUCCAGCGAGCCAUUGGCGCAAGUGGCAGCCGGUCGCAAUUGGCUAAUCGCAAUUCACCGCAAGUCGGCCGGCCUGGCGGCAAUUCGACGUCGGCCAACAAGGAUCAAUCGCUCAACAAACGGGCCAACUCUGUCCGCGCUCACGGCGCCAGUAAUUCGAGCUCCUUUUCGGCCUUUCACGUCACCAACUCGUCGCUGCGUCGAUCGACCUACCUCGACGUGCCCGACAGUCCCGGCAACGAUGAAGACAACGCCACGGGCAACGUGGACGAGGAUUCCUACCGACUUCGCUCCUUCGACUUGACUCGCAAAGGUGUGGUGAAUAGGGGUGACUCGUUCCGUCGACGCCGCUCCCGCAGCAACAGUUUGGCCCCCGGAACGGUGCAACACGACUCGACCGGUGAUGUCACGAAAAAUUACCGAACGGCUCCCGGUAAUAACGGGUCGAGUGGCGGCGGGGCCUCGACGGGAGACAAUCUGCAAGUCACUGGAACGGAUCAGCAGCAGCGUGGCCAGCAGCAGCAGCAGCAGCUGCAGCAUCACCACCAUCACAGCGACGUCAGGACUUACCGUGUGGCCAUCAUAGGAGCCCACGGAGUCGGCAAAUCCGCCUUGGUCGGACAAUUCAUGUCGUCCGACUGCAUCAACGCCUACGACCGAGUCAGGAACGAUGACACUGAUCCAGAAUCUGUAUUUGUCAUGCUCAACGGGGAGGAGUCAGAACUGGUGUUCACCUUCUGUAACAACAUCAAGGUCGAGUUGAAUCGAAACGAACUCCCCGAUGCCUUUCUCAUCAUGUACAGCGUUAUUGACAAAACCAGUUUCAAGACGACUGAAGAUGAAUUAGCACGUUUACAGAACUGGGACGCACUCCGUUCCCGGGCACUUAUAGUUGUCGGAAACAAGAUUGACCUCGUUCGCAGUCGUGCCGUUUCAACACAAGAUGGAAAAUGUCUUGCCUGCGCCUACCGAGCCAAAUUCAUGGAAGUAUCCGUAGUCAUAAAUCACAACGUGGACGAACUGCUGGUCGGAAUCCUGACACAGAUCCGGUUGAAGGAAGAGCUCCAGAAAGAGAUAGCGGAAGGGCUUGUCGAUCCAUCGACGCUUGACGGUGCCAACGGACAGGGCUCCUCCAGCUCUUGGAUACGGAACAAGGGUCUAGUACGAGCCAGCAUGAAAGCCAAGCAAAUGUUCACGUGGCUGUUUGGCAAAGACGACGAUCAGCUCGCCAAUUGUGAAAACUUCCAGGUCCUUUGAAAAAAAAAAAAAAGAUUCCCGUGUGCGUUUUCUUUUUAAAACAAACAAAAAACAAAAACCUCCCGUUCAGAAAACAAAGCAUGUUAGAUUAUGAAUAACGGUGGAAAAAUCUUAAAAAAAAAAGUGAAGUUCUAGUCAUCUCUUUUUUUGGAAGGCACUCUAUAUCACGCUAAAGUGCCUUCAACAGCUAAGUAAACAGCUUCCCCAUUCUAUCCUUCCUGCAAAUGGUUUAUGUUUAUUCAAAAGACAAUAAUAUGUAGGCCUGAAGACCGAAGAAAAGGAUCGCCCAUUUUUUUAUUUUGAUAUUUUUUUAAGCAAAAGCAGCUGGGGAACGGCGUGAUAUCAUCGGCUACAUAAUAAUCGCAUUAUUUAAAUAUUUCCCUGUCUUAAGAAUUAUUUUCGGUGUUCUUAAAAAUAACAAUUUUGGGGGAAAUUAUUUUCAGUUAUCUGAAUGAAAUCUGGUUCCGUUCUCAAUACAAAUUAAAUCAACAAGGA